GAUCCAGCGCAGCGCAGAGUGUGCAGAAACGGGGGGGUGCAAACAGAUCGCGCAAGUGCUGGGGACUACGUUUGUCAAAGCAAGGGCAGCCAAGGGGUCGUCUUCUCCCGUGGCUGCGAAACAACGUGGGCGCAUUGCUGCCCAGGUGCCCGCCGACCACGCCUCGCCUCCUGCAAUCUGACGCUACGUUCGCGGCAUGCCCGUUGUUACAGACGAGGACGCCGCCCUCGAGGCCAUCGGCACCCUUGACAAUCUCUCCGCCGAGCAGCAGCAGGCACUGGACGCCAUCAACGCGAUAUUGGGCGAUGGAGAGCCCUUUGUCGACAUCCAUGAACUCUUUGGCCACUAUAAUGUGUUGUAUUUCCGGAAGCUUCUACUUCCCCGGGUCGAGGUGUUGUGGUCGCCUCGUUUGACUCUAUGCGCAGGCAUAUGCGAGCUUUCCAGGGAUCCAGCAACAAGGAAAUUCACGAGGAUCAGACUGAAGAUGAGCACGCCCCUGCUGCAGUACCGACCCCGGUCCGACACCAUCAACACGCUGCUGCACGAGGCCAUACACGCGUACUUCUUCAUUACGACCUCGUGGCGGCACACCCGUGGAAACGAUGGGACCGGCCAUGGCGAGGGCUUUCGGCUACUCGCCGACGCUAUCAACUCUCACGGCAGCUACGAGGUCACCAUCUUUCACUCCUUCCACGAUGAAGUGGACAGCUACAGAACGCACGUGUGGCAGUGCUCUGGACCGUGCAAAGCCCAACCCCCUUACUUUGGUCUUGUCAAACGCAGCAUGAACCGUCCGCCAGGGGAGUAUGAUUCGUGGUGGGCCAAACAUCAAUCUGAGUGUGGUGGCACAUAUACAAAGACGCAAGAACCUGCACCGACGAAGAAGAAGAUUGAAGCGCUGAGCAUGAAGGAAAGAGCAGGACGUCAGAAGAAUAAGCUAGACGGGUGGCUCAAGCCCAAAGAAAAGUCCAGUCUCGAGAACAAACUGUCUGAUGUAUCAGACGGGACCAAAGAGAAGUUACAUGCCGAUAAUAGAGUCCCUGAAGGGCCAGAGCGCGCUAAAGACGAUGAUGGCACCUCUUCACCGGCCAGCAAUGCAAAGAGAAAGGCCGAUGCCAUCAGUUGAGAGACUGACGAUGCUUCCGUUUCAAGUUGCGAACUGGUAGGCGCUUCCCUAACUAGGUGCCUGCGCCACUGCCAGUGCAGAGCUGCGUUUGGUCGAUCCCUCGUGAAAAUGAAAGUCGGGUGUGGCGGAGCCAUGCCGAGUUAUUUCAUCAGGGAGCAUGGACUGAGGCUGGAUCUAGGGUGAGAGGGAUCCAUAUACAGAGCAUCUGGGCAGCUAUGUCCAUUGGUCUUCCCUCUUGGACCAACACCUUGGUCUGGAGAAGCUUGGAUGGGCGGGGCCCGGAGAGCAGAAGAGAGG